CCCAAAUAUUAAGCCACUAUUUUCCUGAUAUAUCUUCCAUACACCACAAGUGUGUGUCGAAUAUUUUGUGGAUGGCUUGGUUUUAUAGUCCCACUACUGGGAACCAUAUGUGAUUACAGAAGAUUGCCAGUACAGGCUCCAUAUUUCUGAGUUAUAGGGAGUCCUCACUAUAAUCACCCUCAAAGAUUGCAGAAAGUUGUUACUGUACUGUUUUAACAUCAACCCUUAAAAGCUUUCUUAUUCUAUUAAUUUCUUGCUGUGUUUCCCCCUACAUACCUACAUUUACUCUUAGGAUUAUUUCUCUACUUGCUCUGUGUACUCCCACAAAAUCUAGUCUAUUUAAUAGAAUCUUUGGGAUCCAUGCACCCCCUGCUAUAGCCAUCUUUGUCUCUUACCCUAUCUGGGUCUGUGGAUUGAACAGUAAUUAGUCUUGAUUCAACAGCUAAUAUCCACUUACAGUAAGUACACAUCAUGUUUGUCUAUGUAGUUUCGAUGUACUUGAUCAGAAGCAAAAGACCCCAAGCAACAUAUCUAGAAAAAAUUAAUUGAAUAAAACUAUGGUACAGAUUUAAACAAGGAAUUCUAAAUAGAUGAAUCUAAACUGUCUUAGAAACACUUAACUGAAUGUUCAAUAAACUUAGCCAUCAAUCAAAUGUACAUCAAAAGAGCUUUUAGAAUUCACCUUAUACCUGUCAGAAUAGCAAGGUUCAAUAACAUAAUGGAAAACUCAUGCUGACAAAAAUGUUGAAUAAGUAGAACGUUGAUUGGCUAGGAUCAAUAACACAAGUGACAUAUCAUACUGGCAAAAAUAUGGACAAAAAGAAACACUCCCCCAUUGUUGCUGAGAAUGUAAACCUGUAUAGCCACUAUGGUAACCAAUAUGGCAGUACCUCAGAUAAUUGGGAAUCUAUCUAUCUAUCUUAAGACUCAGAUAAACCACUCUGGUAGUUUGAAUGUAGUGAGACCCAAUAAUCUCCUAGGGAGUGAGCGGCAUAAUUCGGUGUGGCUUUAUUGGUCUGGGUUAUGGCCAAGUCAAGUCAAUAUCAUGAUUGUUAUAAGAGACUUCACAUUGAAACACUUCAGGAACUGUUCCAGCCUAUGACAGUCAUUGAAGUUAGAGUAAAUACGUUUUAAUCAUGGGAUGACUAUGAAUAUUUAUGCAUCAGGGUCAGAAUGUAGUUGAUCGAAGGAAAAGGUCCCAGAUUAGAAGAAGUGGUUGAAAAGUUGUCUCUUCAGGGUGCUCUUCUUUGUUGUAUUUGUAGAACAUUGAGUAGGAGAAAUCUUUUGGAUGAAAUUCCUAUAUUGAAGAUUGGAUUUAAAUGUUCAUAGCCUGAACCCAUUUCUGGUUAUGUGUGUCCUGAUGUUAUGACUUCACCACCAUUAUAGAUGGUAUCACUCUAUGACAAAACAUGCAGUUGAAGCAAUUUCUGUUCACACUUAAGCCUUUUGCUAUCCUGAUUUCUAUUUUAAUUUUUGGUUUUUACUUUUGUUUUUGAAAGACAAUGUUUUUUCUGUGUAGCUCUUGGUCCUCAAUGUAUUUCCUUAGACCAUGGUGUUCUCAACUCAGAAAUAGAAAUGAUCCUGGCUACUGCACAGAGGGAUUAAUGGUGGAGCAACAUGCUUGUUAUUUUUCUGUAUUCUUUUACUGUUUGAUGAGCCUGGAAUAUUGGUUUUUGUACAUUUCAAGAAUAAGUUCCGAUGCUGAACUUUUUGAAAUUUGAAGUUUGGUGGAGGGUAUCAUUUCCUUUCCCAGGAGAGUAGUAUCCAUGACAUCAAUACCUCUGCCAUCUGAAUCCUUGCACUGCAGGGGUGUGACUUUCUACCUGCCUCUAUUUUUAUUUUGUUUUGAAUACUUUCAAUGAAUAUAAGGUUGUAUCUAUAUACAAGGUUAUGUACCACAGGCAUGCCUGUUUCUCAUGGUUGUCACAAGAGGCGUCAGAACCCAUGAAGUUGAAGUAAUGGAUAAUUACAAGUCCCUUUUAGUACUGGUAAUUGUGCCCAUUUAUCUGCAAGGACAGCAAGACCGCUGAAUUGCUGACCCAUCCCCCUUAAUCUAUGUUGUUUAUGAUCAUCAUUUGCAGGGUUGAAGUUUUCUUUGGUCCACUUGUAAGUGUUAAACAUGCACUCCCUUUUAAGAUCUUCUUAUGGAACAGUUUAACCUGGGCCACUGCAAGUUCUGGAAGAUGAAUGUAGAAUUAAAAAUUCAGUGACCUAUGAGGAUGUUCACAUUGACUUCACUGAGGAUGAAUGGGUUUUGCUAAAUUCUUCCCAGAAGAGUUUCUACAAAGAUGUGAUGCUGGAGACAUACAGGAACCUCGCCGCUACUGGCUACAGUUGGGAAGACCAUAAUUUUGAGGAGCAUUGUCAAAGUGCUAGAAAACAUGGAAGGAAUGAAAGAAACCAUAAUGUAGAGAAACCUUCUGUAUUUACUCAAUAUGAUAAAGCCUUUGCAUGUUACAGUCAUCUUCAAAGCCAUGGAAAAAAUCAUUCUAAAGAGAAGUCAUAUGAUAUUAUUCAAUAUGAUGAAGGCUUUGCAGGUACCACUUGUCUCCAAAUACUUAGAAGAACACAUGCUAGAGAGAAACCCUAUAUAUGUAAUCAAUGUGGUAAAAACUUUUCAUAUGUCAGAAAUCUUCAAGUUCACAAAAGAGCACAUACUGGAGAGAAACCUUAUCAAUGCAAUCAAUGUGAUAAAACUUUUACAAAACCCUCUCAACUCCAAAUACAUGAAAGAACACAUACUGGAGAGAAACCCUACACAUGUAUUCAAUGUGGUAAAGCCUUUUCACGUAACAAUAAUCUUCGAGUACAUCAAAGGACACAUACUGGAGAGAAACCUUAUAAAUGUAAUGAAUGUGGUAAAGUCUUUGCACAUCAAUGUAAUCUCCAACUUCACAAAAGAAAACAUACUGGAGAGAAAACCUCCACGUGUAAUCAAUGUGGUAAAGUCUUUUUUCAACUCAGUAUUCUUCGAGUACAUCAGAGGACACAUACUGGAGAGAAACCCUAUACAUGUAAUCAAUGUGGUAAAGCUUUUUCACAGAACAGUAAUCUUCGAGUACAUCAAAGGACACAUACUGGAGAGAAACCUUAUAAAUGUAAUCAAUGUGAUAAAGCUUUUGCAAGUCAUGGUGAGCUUCACAGACAUAAAAGAAGACAUACUGGAGAGAAACCCUAUGAAUGUAAUCAAUGUGGUAAAGCCUUUUCAUGUAUCAGUAGUCUAAAAACACAUAAAAGAAUCCAUACAGGAGAGAAACCCUAUGAAUGUAAUCAAUGUGAUAAGGCCUUUUCACAUCUCAGUAGUCUAAAAACACAUAAAAGAAUCCAUACAAAAGAGAAACCCUAUGAAUGUAAUCAAUGUGAUAAGGCCUUUUCACAACUCAGUAGUCUAAAAACAUAAAAGAACACAUACUGCGGUGCUGGAGAGAUGGCUCAGAGGUUAAGAGCAUUGCCUGCUCUUCCAAAGGUCCUGAGUUCAAUUCCCAGCAACCACAUGGUGGCUCACAACCAUUUAGAAUAAGAUCUAGUGCCAUCUUCUGGCCUUCAGACAUACAUGCUGAAAAAAUAUUGUAUACACAAUAAAUAAAUAAAUAAAUAUUUAAAAAAAGAAAAAGUAUUGAGGACAAGUCUAAGCCUCAGAAAUAAAAAUAGUGAUGUAGAGGGACGUCAUAUACAUCUUGUAAAACCUUGCACAUGGUGUUAAGUGAAGAGGCUAUUGAAACCUUGGACGGUUAGGCUUUCUGACAUAUUGCCCUUUUCAAUCAGCAAAUUAUGAAUUAUAUUUAGGAUAACAAAUCUCACCUAUCAUUUAAGUAGAUGUAGUAGGUGUCAUGGGCCACCUACAGAAAAUAUCACAGUGGGGUGUAGCAGUGUUCACGUGGCCAUCUGAAAUCUGGUUUUAGAGCAAAAUGCUGAAAGAUUAACCAGACUUUAUGUUCGUCAGAUGUCCCUGGCUGUUCAGAGGCCACACAAGACAGUUGGCAGAGGGAGGCAGGUGCCUCCUGCUCAGGACAGAGGAAGCAUUGCCUGUGGCAGCAUUGACAAAGCUGGCUGAGUGCAAGCUUCUCAGCUGUUGCCAUGGCACUGGAUGUGAGCUUCUCAACCUUUUCCACGCCAGCCUCCUACGUCUCUCCACCUGCACUACUUGAGCUUCCAUGAGAGCAGAAAAAACUGGACAGCAUCAUUUUCAUCCAAAUGGUAGAGAUGUAAAAUGUAGGAUAAUCAGUAACCAACUGAAUAUUUCACAAUGUAGCUUGAUGUCCUGUGGAUAGGUAUUCAUUAUUUGAAGUUCUAUGCAUCUUCCUGUCUGCAUUAGUUAUCCAUUUGUCACUUCGUCAUGAAGUGCUUCCUUCUAAGGGAAUUAUCCAGAGAUGCCAGGUAAUGUAACAUCAUUAAGAUUUAUUUGAAAAAAAGUUUCUGUUAUAUGUAUGUGUGAUAAGAUUAUGGAAUUUUAAGCCUGACAAUUAUGUGAAGAACAUAAGACAACUUUCUGAGGUGGAUUUUUUGCUCUCUUCAUAUGGUGAUCAAAAUUCGGUUUCCAGACUUGCACACCACACACAAUUCCCACUAAAUCUGCACCCAGAUUAAUUGAAACAUUCUACCACGAAAAUGUUGCCUUUUUUUCAGGUUGUUAACAUGUCAUUGAAAAAUAGAGGAAACAAUUUAAAUAA